CAUGCGCCGCAGCGUACCUGCAGCUGCCAACCCAUCCUCUCAGCCCUGUCUCGAGGCUGGCAGCACCUCAAAAAUUUCCCAGGUUCCCUACUGAGACAAUCGAUCAACAGGUACACACCCUCAUCACCACGAGGUCGCCACAACUACCCCGUGGCUCUGUGUACUCAUUCAUCAUACGCCUGACUCCCAGUCGCUCUCUUCACCGGAAAACCCGUCCACAUUUCACUUCAUAUAAAAGCUCAGUGGCAGAGGCAGCUCCCAGAGGGAGCCAGGGAUCUCAUUCACGAUGUCAAAAACAACACUCGCAAUUAUCGCAGCGGCCAGCGCAGGAGCCGGCGCAGCCAUAACCGCAAGCAUGUAUUCGCUGCGAUCAGAGCGCAAGCUCGACCAAAGCACAAUAUCCACAACCACUACAACUAUCUCUACCACGCCCGCCGCUUCGGCACCUAUACCCAUACCCGCCAAACAAGUAUUCGCACAGCCAGGCCAGCCAGGUCUGUCUACUUCCGCACCUGCUGCUCUGUUCAACGCCCCGGUCGACCCCUCCGGUGUCUUCGAAUAUGGCUUCCCAGGUCCGGUCUCCGAUAUCGCCACACGAUCGGCACUCGUCUCAUCCUACGACCGCCGCCUACGCAACCCCCACUGGGUCGUCGAGCACAUCACUCCGGCCUCGCUAGCCCAGCGCGACGGCGACCGCAAGCACUCGGCCUUCUUGGAGGACGAGUCGGUGCCAGAGAAGUUCCGGGCCAAGCUGAAGGACUACUUCCGGUCCGGCUACGACCGGGGCCACCAGGUUCCCGCGGCGGACUGCAAGUGGUCGCAGGGGGCCAUGAACGACACCUUCUUCCUGACCAACAUGUGCCCGCAGGUGGGCGAGGGCUUCAACCGGGACUACUGGGCGCACUUUGAGGACUUCUGCCGGCGGCUGACGGUGCGGUACCCGAGCGUGCGCAUCGUCACCGGCCCCCUCUACCUGCCCAAGAAGGACCCGGCCGACGACAAGUGGUACGUCCGCUACGAGGUCAUCGGCAACCCGCCCAACGUCGCCGUCCCCACCCACUUCUACAAGGUCAUCUUCGCCGAGUCCGCCCCUGGUUCCGCCUCCGCUCCCGUCGCCAUUGGCGCCUUCGUUCUGCCGAACGCGCCCAUCCCCAACGGGAAGCCCAUCACCGACUUCGAGGUGCCCGUCGAGGCCGUUGAGAGGGCGAGCGGGCUGGAGUUUGCUUCCAAGCUGCCGGUCACGAGACGCAAGAGGCUCUGUGCGGAUACCACCUGCGCGCUGGUCAUCAAGGACUACGCGGACAGGCAGAAGGCUUUUGCCAAGCCGGGCGCUGCGUCCGUGCCUGCUGUGAAGAGGUAGUAAUCACGCCGUACAGAGUACAUGAUGCAUAGACGUUUGGUUUAGAUUUGCGACCACAAGCCGUGCAACUCGGAGUAAUAGUUGACCUUUGGGCCUCCGUACGCAUUCACGACAAUAGGUGUAAUAUAGGCUGGAGAGGAGACGACGGGCUCGGAAACACAUAGGAAAUGACAUAGCAUAGCAUUCUGCAUUACAUCUACUAUACUAGACA